AUGUCUGCUUUCUGGACUGUUUCUGCUGUGCUCCUCCUUUACUUCAUGCAGGACAGUGACUGUGCUCGUAUGAUCUUCGCAAAAAUUGGUGACUCAGUUAUCCUGCAUCCAAGUCAGACCUUUGAGUCCAUGUCAACCAUAACCUGGAUGCACAACAUGAACGCCAUCAUGCAGUGGAGGUCUGGAGGUCGCUGUCGUUUGGACAAACCAACUGGAAGUUUGAUCAUUGAAAAGCUAACAGUAGAGGACACCGGCAAGUACAACCCUGAGAUUGACAGCAAGAUUCUUGAUGUGAUAGAGCUCUGGGUUAUAAAACCGGUCCCAAAACCCACAGUGUCCGUAGAAUGCAACAAUGGUAAGACAGUUUGUGACCUCACCUGUGAAGCCAACAUCACUUCUCAUUUUGGACCCGUCAUGUAUAGAUGGGAAGCAGGAGACAAACUGCUGUCCACUAACAUGAAGAUUAGCUUAACAAGGAAUAACAUGGAGCGCUCCUUUGUCUGCAAGUUGAUAAACCCCUUUAGCAUCUCGUCCAGUGAUGAGGUCCUUAACCCCAUUGUCCCUCAAGAGAUUCAGCCUGCAGUCGUGGCGAUACCAAUUGUGCUUGUGGUCCUGUUUCUGGUUGCAGUUGGUAGCUAUAUGAGGCAAAGGAAUGAGCAAAAACAAGCACAGUCUGUUGAAGAAGCCAAUAGCAAGAGGCUUUCUCUGAGCCAGAACGCCUAGGGAAAUAACAUAAUCAAUGACCUGUAGUGUCAAUCCAUUAAGGUCCUGGAUCGAGAGGCGCCUAAGGUCGCAUGGAGACACGGGUCAACCUGGACCUCCAAAAGAGCGUUGGAAAACCAGGCGGGAGAUUCUGACCUGCUUGAAGGAGAUCUGGGAAGGAUGGCAGGUCAGACUGAGGUGGUUCCUGGAACAUGACAGAGUGCUCAUAUCCCCUAGACUUAUGUUUUAAAAAUAAAUACCUCUAAAGGACU